AUGAAUAAUGUUAGGAAUAGGUAUACAUUAAGUAAUGGAAAAAAAGAAAAAUACAAUGACAUUGAAAACAUGUGUAACAGUAUAAAAGAAAGGAGUUAUGAAGGUUGUGAUCCAUACAAUGAAAAUAUGAGUAAUGAAAAGGAGGACAACAAUGUUAAUACAAAUACUAAAUUUUUUAACAAAGAGAAAAGAAAUAUAAAAGUUAGCGAAUAUAGCAAUAAAAAUAAAAACAUAUAUAAUAGUAAAAGUAGUUAUAAAAGCUAUACUAAUCAUAAUUAUGUUGAUAAGGGUAAUAAUUAUGUAAAUAAAAUGGAUAGAGAACAAAAUAAUCGCUUCACAAAUAAAAAUGAUGGACACAAUGAUAAAAAAAAGUAUAUCCAUAAUAAACGAUUUUAUAAUAAUUAUAACAUGAAUAAUAGUGAAAAAUAUUAUAGUAGUAAAUAUAAAGAAGAAAAUGGGUAUAUAAAAAGUUCUUUUAGAGAAAAUAAUUAUAAUAAUAGAAAUUCAAAUAAAAACAAUUUUAAUCAUAAUUUAAACAUAGAUAUUGAUAAACAAAAUAAUAAAAGUUCACGAUAUAGGAAUAAUGAAUAUGGUAAUUAUUAUAAUAAUGAAAAUAGAUUUAAUAAAAUUAAUAAAAAAAUUGAUAAUACAAAUGAUAGCAAUUUUAGUAACAUAUCUAAACAUAAGACAGUUGAAAAAGAGGAUAAACUUCCAUUAUCAAAUGAUUGUGAAAAUAUAAAAUCAGAAGAACAUUUCGAUUUAAAAAAUACUGAUAUAAAUUCUAGUGACAAUUAUGAAUGUAAUAAGUAUAGAGUGCAAGCAAAUCAUGAAAAGUGUCAGAACUUUGAAAAUAAUGAAAACUAUAAAAAUGAAUCAUCUAAUCAAACUUCAAGGGAAAACAGUGAAAUCUCCAAAACGCCAAAUAAAGAAACUUAUGAAACUGGGGAAAAUGUCAAUGGAAAUAUAUCAUCAGAUUUAAAUAAAGACAGUAAUGGUAAUACAAAUGAAGAUUUAAAAAAAUUAAAAAGAGAAGAAGAGAAAAAAAAAGUAAAGAACUGGAAACCAGAAGAACAAGCUUUACUUGAAGAAGGAUUGCGAGUUUAUAAAGAUUUAAAAAAUUCACCACAAAAAUGGGAAAAAGUUAGUCAAAUUGUAAAAACAAAAAAUUCAGAUGAAUGUCUGAAGCGUUUUCUUUAUUGCAGAUUUGUUGUUAUGAAAGAGAGAGAGAAAAUUGAAAAGGAAAAAAUCGAAAAAGAGAAACUAGAAAAAGAGAAAAUCGAAAGAGAGAAACUAGAAAAGGAAAGAAUGGAAAAGGAAAAACUGGAGGAAGAAAACGAUGAGAAUGAGCAAGAUAUAGAUAGUGAUGAUAUGGAUAUAAAUAAUAAUAUAAAUGUAAAAGGGGAAAAUAUAUUAUUGAAAAAUGUUUAUUUGAAGAAUAUAUCAUUAUAUAAGGCAGUUUUAUUAAAAUUUCAAUUAGUUUGUACACGAUGUUGCAAUACAUUUGAUGUCACUGUAACAAGCAAAGACCAACCUCAAAUAGUGUGUAAUUGCACCAAUUGUAGUAGCAAUGCAAUUAUUGAAGUUUACAGAAAUAUUUGUUUUUUGGGAAAUAGCUGUAUUUGCGUAUUAAAAUUUAAUCAAUGUUCACUGAUGGACUUGCUAGCGGGAGACUAUAGCAUAAAUUGUGAAGGGUGUGGAAGAAAAACUCUCGUAAAAAAUGUAUCAUCCGGCAAAGAAAUAUGUGUAAAUUGUCAAAAUUGUUUCAUAAAACUGGAAUUUCGAUAUGAAGAAUUUUCAUUUGAUGAAGCUUUUACUGCAAAUGAUGCUGCAAUAAAAAAAAUUGAUGAUAUGAUAAAUAAGUUAUUUACUAGCAAGACUAGCAAAAAAAAGAUAGCUGCACCUCAAUCAAACAAUUUAAAAAUUGAGAAAACGAAAAGUGUUGUAAAAAUAAAUAAUAUUGAAGUGAAAGAUGGUGCUUGUAAGCAUUAUAAAAAAUCACAUAAAUUAUUUAAAUUCCCAUGUUGUAAUAAGAUAUUCCCAUGCCCAACAUGUCAUAAUUUAAAUAGUAACCACGAGUAUGUUCUUGCAAGAAGAGUUAUAUGUGGGUAUUGCUAUCGAGAAUUUGAUGAUGAUGAUGUGUGUAUAUGUCAAAAGGAUAAAAAAACGAAAAAAGGUGGAAACUUUUGGGAGGGGGGUAAAGGAUGUCGAAAUGCAAUAACGCUAAGUAGAAAUGAUUCGAAAAAGUAUAAGCUUUUAAAUAGACAAACCGUACAAAAAAAGAAGAAAUAA